AUGUUCGGUUUGUUCUGGAAAUUCAUGUUGCUGAUCGUCGUGUUGAUGUCUGGAAUAGCGACUGCGGCACCAAUUCCACAAGGAGACAAUCCAGAUGAUUUCCGUUAUCCAGAAAACAUAGAUGAUAUCAACAAUAUGCCAAUGGCCACCGUUCGUCCAUCUGUCAACCCAUGCAACUAA